AGACGAUUGGCUGAAGCUGCCCACUCCCCCUUGAAUGUGGUGACAGCAACUCCGUAGACGUUAUGUGAGGCUUCGAUAUUAUUAACUGUCUUUGUUUGACACUUCUAGGACGAUAAACAGYUAUUCCAAUAGUUAAUAUAAAUUUAUAACAUGGCUUUUCAUGGUAGCAAGUGCUGCCGCUUUAUACUAGGCAGACAUUACGAUGUCAAGGCCCUGUCAACGCAGCACGUGAAACUAUUUGCACCAAGCUCAACACCCAAGUUGCGGCGYUGGUAUUCCAGAGCUACACAAGAGGAAAAUGAACUUGAACUCGUAUCUCUUGCAAACUCAAGUGCAGCUGUCCCUGCAACAAAAAUUGGGACUGCACAGGAGCUGGCUGUACCAGUGGGCCAGAGGCAAAGGUUGAAUGAGGAAGUUCUACCCUUCUCUGCCUUCCUGACAGACAACUUUGGCAGACGGCACAGCUACCUGCGCAUUUCCCUGACGGAGAAAUGUAACCUUCGCUGUCAGUACUGUAUGCCAGAAGAGGGGGUCAAGCUCACCCCUCGCGCUCAGCUCCUGUCUACUUCCGAGGUGCUGACCGUGGCCCAGCUGUUUGUACGAGAGGGUGUGGAGAAGAUKCGCCUCACUGGGGGAGAACCCCUCAUCCGACCAGACGUCGUGGACAUCAUCACMGAGCUGAGGAAGUUGGAGGGCCUGAAGACCAUCGCUGUGACCACCAACGGUAUGAACCUGGCGAGGCUGCUGCCUAAACUGAAGGAGGCUGGUCUGGACCUGCUCAACAUCAGCCUGGACACCCUGGUGCCGGCUAAGUUUGAGUUCAUCGUCCGGCGGAAAGGGUUCCACAAGGUCAUGGAAGGUAUUGACAAAGCCAUUGAGAUGGGCUAUAACCCUGUCAAGGUCAACUGUGUGGUCAUGCGGGGCCUCAACGAGGACGAGCUUCUGGACUUUGUGGCCCUGACYGAGAAGAAGCCUCUYGAAGUACGCUUCAUUGAGUACAUGCCCUUUGACGGAAACAAAUGGAACUUCAAGAAGAUGGUGAGCUACCAGGAGAUGCUGGACCGCAUUAGACAGCAGUGGCCCAGUUUGGAACAGCUUCCACUCGGAAAGACGGACACAGCCAAGACAUUUAAGGUGCCAGGCUUUCAGGGCCAGGUGGGCUUCAUCACCUCCAUGUCGGAUCAAUUCUGUGGCUCCUGCAACCGACUACGCAURACGGCAGACGGCAACCUCAAGGUGUGUCUGUUUGGGAACACGGAGGUGUCCCUGAGGGACGUUCUGCGCUCUGGAGCUUCUGACCAGGAGCUGCUGGAUAUCAUUGGCGCCGCUGUGGGCAGGAAGAAGAAACAACAUGCAGGCAUGUUCAGCAUCUCCCAGAUGAAGAACAGACCCAUGAUCCUCAUUGACACCACACCCCAAAGGCCCCUGUCCCUGCCCAAGUCCAGAGUCUGCCAGUGGUCCUCUCCCCCCUCGUCUAUGUCCCAGAUCCUGCGAUCCUCACCUCAGCUAUGGCCCUCCAACUGUACCACUCCAGAAGUGGAAGUGGCCAACCCAGUAAGGAUYUAUCGUGCCAUUCAGGCUACACAGUUUUAACAGUGCUGCCUGAUGUCAGCUGUUCGGGAACCCACCCGUGUGGAAGGAGCCCUCAGUGGUUCCAUAUUGUCAAAAUAAUCAUUUUACAGUGGUGCCGCUGGCUCUAGUGUAGUCCCAGAGAAUAUGGGAUUGAUGACUUACUGACAACCCCCAGUUCUCAAACCAAGGCUGCUGAUUCUGACAUGCACACAAAUYCAUUGAGUCACAAUGACAUAAACUGUCUCAGGUACACACUUGCCAGGAAUCCAAACUUAAUAAAGAAUGCCUCUACAAGGACCCCUGAGAUUCCCUCCCUUUGCACACAACUGAGAAACGCUAAAACAMGGCCCCACCUAAGCCAGCAUAGCAUAAGGCAGUGCCACAGACAAACCUCCAGAGAUGACCUCCAAGCCAAACUCAAACAACCCACACAGGAGCACUUGUGGGCGGGCGCAAAUUCUUCUGACUUCCCCCAAGCCGGACAACACCACCACUGCCCAACUGACCCACAAAGCCAAGCCUCCAUGGUGGAUGUGGGCAGCAAAUCCCCCACACGUCGAAGCACCACAGCUACCAGUCACCUGGGCCCCACUGCCUUCCGACCUGCUCCGGAAUAACCAUUUAGCCAAGGGUGACGCAGGCAACAUGGGCGCACUCAUCCCGCUUUGCAACCUGCUGCCCAUAUCACAGGCCGUACCAGCGUGGAUAUGGAUACGCUGACUGCGGUCYCAGUGGCAACGUUGACGCUUUACGUCAUGUGCAAGGUGGUGAGUCACAACAUCUCCAUCAGACAUCAAGCUAGACACGUGGGAAAAAGGACUUCCACCGUGAGCCCUAACCACUAACUGGACAAUGAUCUCCACGGCACCAGGUUUGGGGGUCAGUACAUACGGUAAAGGGGUGCAAUGGAAUGCAGACCAUAUCUAACAAAGUGGAUAUUCAUCAAAUCCGUCAUGAUUUAUAUUUAAUAACAGGCCCACAAUGUGGUAACUAAAGUCUGAUUUGGAUAUAUUUGGAUGUUUUUGCUGUAUGAUACCUAGAAGUCUUUUCGGGUUUAGAACUAAAUGCUUGUGUAAACUGGUAGCAUAGCAUGCAUGCCAUAUAGAAAUUGGUGGUGGUAAUUAGUCGUUUUUAAGUGUAAUGCAAUUGAUUGGUGACGAUGACAUGAACAUGUAUUGGGGUUUACAAGCAUUAUACUCUGACUUUUACCCCAGCAGUGUGAAUUACACAAACAAUAGCCAAAAUGUUUAUUUACGCCAUUGCAGAAAUUCUGGAUCUAUGGCCAUAGGGGGAACACAUGCGUGGUUGUUUUGGUCUAACAUUUACCUGGUCUAUACUAUUUUUUUAAUUUAGUUGGUUUAACACAGGUGGUGAUUUGAUAACUACAUUUCCCAAGUUGACUGAAUAAAAAAUGUAAUCGAGCCCCCAACCCUGCAUGGUACAUCUCCUGUCAGAAUCUCACAUUUUUUAGAGGAUCAGGAAAUGCAUCACUGCAAGUCAUCCACUGAUGACGUCCAUCUUAAGCUUAAACUCCAUAGACCUUUUCUAUGUGAUUAAAAUCAUAUUUUCUGGCUGGGAGGCUGUGCCAUGACCUGCUGAUMAUCAGUAUUGGUCCUUCCAUUGUACCAGAUUCUUAUGAUCAGAAAUGUUUCUGUACAGUACGUCUGCAGACCUGCCAACCUGCAUGCAUUUUGCGUACCAAUGCACACAAUUAGAGGUCAGUAUGCUGGUAUGAAAAACYACCUUAAAAUACGCAAUGCAGCAUCUGCAAUGUAGUCUGUCUGGAACACAACCCUUGCUUUWUAUACAGUAUGUCGCAGACCCUCACAGAAAACGUGGGUUACAAUUUUUUCUCCAAAUCAGUGCAGAUGAAGGAAUGGUGACAAGGAAGCUACUUUUCAAAUAAAACCAUUUGGCCCACAGGCCGCCAGUUGGGGAACCCUGGACUAGGGUGUGCGUUAACCUCUCAAACUUAACCCUUGCUUUCAACCAUAAGACAAUCAGAGUCUACUACUGUUUGCUGCCUCAUGUUCUAAGGCACGUGUCAAACUCAUUCCAUGGAGGGCUGAGUGUCUGCUGGUUUUAGCUCCUCCCUUGUACUUGAUUGAUCAAUAAGGUCACUGAUUAGUUAGGAACUAGUCCCCUUACCUGGGUGUCUAGGUCUUAAUUGGACACAAAUUGAAAGUAAAUAAUGAUAAUACACMCGGCCCUCCAUGGAAUGAUUUUGACACCCAUGUUCUAAGGUGACACUAAAUUAAUUUGAUAAUUUCACACAUUAAAGUGCUGUACACUGAUUGUUGAAUAUAURCAAAGUUACUAAUUAUCAUGUGAUAUCUUUUCUAUGUUCAUUAUUCAGCACUGRGCCUUUGGCAUACUAAUUGAAUAAACAAGUUAAUAUGUAAA